CCGUGUUCGUGUCACGUGACCCCUCGGCUCUGUUCUGGCCGACUUUCGGUGGCAUCCGAGCAAGGGCAGACAGUUAACUCACUCGGAUUUGUAACCACACACGACGACAAUAUGAGCACCAAAGCUCUUCGGAUACGUUAGCGCACACCGCAGAAGCACCCAGUGACGACAGAGAAGACGUCUUCUUUUACCGAGUCAAGCGACGUCCAUGCUGCAACCGCUGACGUAUAGUUUUUAGCACCCAAGAGGCCGUGAGACGCACCGCCAACAUGAUGUCCUCCAGCGAUGAUGUUCGAGGGGAAGGGUCUCUGUUCUCUGAUCAGAACCCAUCAGAACUGGAUGCUCUGUGUCCUUCCCCUCCAGGACCCUCACGAACACAGCGUCACUACGAGAGGAUCGGCACGCAUACCGGAACAUCUUUCUGUCAGACUCUGAUCCACCUGCUGAAGGGCAACAUUGGCACCGGGCUGCUGGGGCUGCCUUUGGCAGUCAAGAAUGCAGGUCUUGUGCUGGGUCCGGUCAGCCUGCUGUGCAUGGGUCUCAUUGCGCUGCACUGUAUGAGGGUGCUGGUCGACUGUUCCCACUACCUCAGUGCAAAGAUGAACAGGCCGUCUCUGACGUACGGCGAGGCGGUCCAGUACAGCAUGGAGAAUGUUUCGUGGCUCAGGAGACACUCGCAUUGGGGAAAACGGACAGUCAACUUGUUUCUCAUCAUCACCCAGCUCGGCUUCUGCUGCGUUUACUUUGUCUUCCUGAGCGACAAUGUCAAACAGGUGGUAGAGGCAGCCAACGCCACCACCUUCAACUGCCAGGUAGACGGCGGCAACCAGACACAGGUGCUGGUGCCCAGCUUCGACUCACGCCUCUACAUGCUCUGCUUCUUGCCCGCCUUCAUCCUUCUGGUCUUUACGCCCAACCUUAAGUACUUGGCGCCGCUCUCGCUCAUCGCCAACUUGGUCAUGGCCACCAGCCUGGUCCUCAUCUACUUCUACUCCAUCACGCACAUCAAAUACCCCAUCGACCUUCCGUUGGUGGGCCAAGCCAAGGACUACCCGCUCUUCUUCGGGACAGCCAUCUUUGCCUUUGAAGGGAUCGGAGUGGUCCUCCCGCUGGAGAACAAGAUGCACAGGCCACAGAGUUUCCCCUUGGUCCUUUACCUGGGAAUGGGCAUUGUCACCUUCCUCUACAUCAGCCUGGGCACCAUCGGCUAUAUGUGCUUUGGCGCCGACAUUGGCGGCAGCAUCACCCUUAACCUGCCCAACUGCUGGACCUACCAGGCUGUUAAGCUGCUCUACUGCUUCGGCAUCUUCAUCACGUUCGCUUUGCAGUUCUACGUCCCCGCGGAGAUUCUUAUCCCGUCGGCCGUAGCCCGCGUGUCAGAGCAUUGGGAGAGGGCCGUUGAUCUUGUGCUCCGCGCUGUCCUUGUCAUAUUUACAUGCACCCUUGCCAUCCUGAUCCCGGAGCUGGAUCUGGUCAUCUCGCUGGUGGGCUCGGUCAGCAGCAGCUUCCUGGCACUCAUCUUCCCACCCAUCUUGCAGGUGCUCACCUUCCACGGCGAGGGUUUGUCGCCAGCGUCGCUCGCCAAGAACCUGGUCAUCAGCUUUGUGGGCCUGGUGGGCUUCCUGGCGGGCACAUAUGUGGCCAUCGAGCAGAUCGUUGCUCGCAAUGCGCUCAAACGUGAGCUCCAGUAGCCACAGCGCCAAGACUUUUUAUUGAGGGCGGGAUGGUUUUAAUUCAUCAUCACUGUAGUGCAUGUGUGUUUCCACCAUGUCGUACGCUACUCAGUCCCGUCAGGUAGGGGCUUGUUAUUUUUUACGUUUUGAGUUUGUUGACGUUUAGUCAAACUACCUCAACAUUUUUUUCUGCAAUGUACUGGCAUGCUUUUUAGUACCUGGCUUUUACUUUGAAGCCCACAUCCCAUUGAUGGGUGAAUGUUUGCGAGUGUUUGCGAAGGCACGUUCGCCAAAUGUUUGCCAACAGUUUUAAUGUUGUUUUUUUUUUCUUGUAAAUUUUAAAACACGUUCUAGAUUUCCUUGAGACAAGAAAAACUGUCAGCGACCAUUAAAACAGUUGGCGAGCAUCUGGUAAACAUCUUUGCGCCCUUGAACGAGCCCUGAC